AUUUCAAUUGUUGUGCAAAAAAUUAAAAAACUGGACAAAUCGGGCAAAGCAAUAAGGAUUUAUUCUCCAUUCAAUUUGCCUCAGACAAUAAAAUUUCCAAGAAAUGACCUCCAAGUGAUGCCAAAUGUUAAAAAUGAAACCAAACUCCACUACAAACUAUCAAAAAAUUUAGAUUUAAUUUCCCAAUCUAAAAAUACUACAAUUGUUCCAGCCUCUUUUGAUUUACUAAAAGACAAGGAAAAGACACCAUUUCAUGAGGGAAUUGGCAGGCCUCCGAACAAUUUGAAAAGCACUGGAAAUUUUCUUAUAUAUAAUACAAAUAUAAAUGCAUUUAAAAACUAUUCUUUUGUUGAUCCUCUCAACGUUGUUUCAAAAAUUACAAAACCACAUGAAAAAAGACAUGAGCCAGCCAAGGCACCGGAGACCGUGACUUUGGGCCAUCAAUUCGAUGCUUUCCAGCGUUUAAAUUUUGACUACAAUCCUAUUUUGGGUGAUGUACCUCAAAUCAAGGUCCCCGAAAGUCUUCCCGUGCUUUCUGGUUAA